AUGAGUGAGGAUCGAAAGGAGGAUUUAUUGGGGAUUCUUAAAAUGCGGCAAUUUGAGAAACAUAGUAAGUAUCUUGGCAUCCCUACAAUAAUAGGGAGAUCAAAGAAGGUAAUUUUCGGUGCCUUGCUAGAUAGGAUAUGGAAGAAGCUACGAGGUUGGAAGGAGAAGAUUCUCUCAAGAGCGGAAAAGGAGAUUUUGCUAAAGUCCGUUAUACAAGCCAUACCAACAUACUUAAUGGGGGUAUACAAGCUGUCGGCAGCAAUGAUUAACGACAUACAGUCGGCCAUGUCAAGGUUCUUUUGGGGAUCGGAUGAAGGGAAACGAAGGUUGCAUUGGCGGAAUUGGAAGAGUAUGUGUGAGCCCAAAUGUGCAGGAGGUAUGGGGUUCGAGGAUUUGAGCGUUUUUAAUGAUGCAUUUUUAGGGAAACAAGCAUGGAGGCUGGUCAAAGGCGAGGAGUCCCUACUAGGGAGAGUGAUGAAGGCCAAGUACUAUCCAAAUUGCACGUUCCUCGACUCGUCACUUGGCUACUGUUGCAGCUACCCUUGGAAGAGUGUGUGGUGUUCUAAGGCCCUUAUCUUAGAGGUUAUGAUAUGGAGAGUAGGAAACGGAGCACACAUUCGUAUUCGGGAGGACCCAUGCGGAUAG